CGCAGGCGCAGCUGGUCGGCUCAUUUCCCCCUGGCGCUUCUGCCAAGCUCUGGCGGACAAGUCUCGACAUCGUGCGCCCCCCCCCCCCGACUCCGGGACCGCUCCCUCCCCCUUCUCGGCGUAGUCGAAGAUAAACAAUAGUUGGCCGGCGAGCGCCGAGUGUGUAUCCCGCCGCCGGAUUCGGCGGGCUGCGUGGGACCGGCGGGAUCUCGGCCAGCCGGCCAUGGCGGGGCUGUACUCUCUGGGAGUGAGCGUCUUCUCAGACCAGGGCGGGAGGAAGUACAUGGAGGACGUUACUCAGAUCGUGGUGGAGCCCGAGCCCACGGCUGAAGAAGAGCCCUCGCCGCGGCGGUCUCUCUCUCAGCCGUUGCCUCCGCAGCGGUCACCGCUGGCUCUUCCUGGCGGCGAAAUCUCGGGGAAAGGCCCGGCGGUGGCAGCCCGAGAGGCUCGCGACGCGCCGCCGGACGCCGGGGCCUCGCCGGCUCCCGGCUGCUGCUGCCGCCGCCGUUCCUCGGUGGCCUUUUUCGCCGUGUGCGACGGGCACGGCGGGCGGGAGGCGGCACAGUUUGCCCGGGAGCACUUGUGGGGUUUCAUCAAGAAGCAGAAGGGCUUCACCUCUUCCGAGCCGGCGAAGGUGUGCGCUGCCAUCCGCAAAGGCUUCCUCGCUUGUCAUCUCGCCAUGUGGAAGAAAUUGGCAGAAUGGCCAAAGACUAUGACAGGUCUUCCCAGCACGUCAGGGACAACUGCCAGUGUGGUCAUCAUACGGGGCCUGAAGAUGUAUGUAGCUCAUGUGGGUGACUCAGGGGUGGUUCUUGGAAUUCAGGAUGACCCAAAGGAUGAUUUUAUCAGAGCUGUGGAGGUGACACAGGACCAUAAGCCAGAACUUCCCAAGGAAAGAGAACGAAUUGAAGGACUUGGUGGGAGCGUGAUGAACAAGUCUGGGGUGAAUCGUGUAGUUUGGAAACGACCUCGGCUCACUCACAACGGACCUGUGAGAAGGAGCACAGUCAUUGACCAGAUUCCAUUUCUGGCAGUAGCAAGAGCACUUGGUGAUUUGUGGAGCUAUGAUUUCUUCAGUGGUGAGUUUGUGGUGUCACCUGAACCAGACACAAGUGUCCAUACUCUUGAUCCCCAGAAGCACAAGUAUAUUAUCUUGGGGAGUGAUGGACUUUGGAAUAUGAUUCCACCUCAAGAUGCCAUCUCAAUGUGCCAGGACCAAGAGGAGAAAAAAUACUUGACGGGUGAGCAUGGACAGUCUUGUGCCAAAAUGCUUGUGAAUCGAGCUCUAGGCCGCUGGAGGCAGCGUAUGCUUCGAGCAGAUAAUACUAGUGCCAUAGUAAUCUGCAUCUCUCCAGGAGUGGGCACUCAGGGAGAUUUCACCAAUGAAGACGAGCUCUAUCUGAACCUGACUGAUAGCCCUUCCUAUAAUAGUCAAGAAACCUGCGUGAUGACUCCUUCUCCGUGUUCUACACCACCAGUCAAGUCACUGGAGGAGGACCCAUGGCCAAGGCUGAACUCUAAGGACCACAUACCUGCCCUUGUUCGUAGUAAUGCCUUCUCAGAGAAUUAUUUAGAAGUCCCAGCUGAGAUAGCUCGAGGGAAUGUCCAGGCUGCAGUCAUAUCCUCAAAAGAUCCAGAGCCACUUGAAGAAAAUUGCACUAAAGCCCUGACUUUAAGGAUACAUGAUUCUUUGAAUAAUAGCCUGUCAGUUGGCCUUGUGCCUACCAAUUCAACAAACACCAUCGUGGACCAAAAAAAUUUAAAGAUGUCGAUCCCAGGUCAAGUGAAAGCUCAAGAAGUUGAAAGAACCCCUCCAACAAACUUCAAAAGGACAUUAGAAGAAUCCAACUCUGGCCCUCUUGUGAAGAAGCAUAGACGAAAUGGUUUAAGUCGAAGUAGCGGUGCUCAGCCUGCAAGCCUCCCCACAAACUCACAGCGAAAGAACUCUGUUAAACUUACCAUGCGACGCAGACUUAGGGGCCAGAAGAAAAUUGGAAAUCCUUUACUUCACCAGCACAGGAAAACUGUUUGUGUUUGCUGAAAUAUAUCUGGAAUUUUUUUUUUUCCAAACUUCUAAGAGGGCUUUUUGAAUUUGGUGCCGAAGUUGAACUUUUUUUAAGGGGACAAAAUAAAAAUAGUAUACAGUU